CUAAUAAUAGUAAUUAUGGUAAUGAUGGUAAAACCUGGAAAUAGGGUUUCUAUCAUCCCCUCCCCCUUGAGACCAACCUUGCCCUCAAGGUUUGCCGAAACGAUCCUCUUCUCCACGCCUUGGCUUCUCCAUUUCAUCCGCUUCCUUUUCUUCCAAUCAUGCUCUAAACCUUCACUUGGGCUUCUUGCACCGCCCUCAUCAUGUUGGUCCAACUCUUCGAAUUUCAUUCUCAGGGACCCACUCUUUGCUUCGUUGACACUCUGAAACUUCAAUGGCUCCUCUUUUGUUGACUUCAAACUCGAAUAAUUUAAGGAAUCCAAGGAUUCGUUCUUGUUCAAGAACGCAUCCUUAAGUACCAAUUUCUCAAGGCCCAUAAUUUUUUUCCUUGGAGCUAUCCCACGAACUUGCAUUCUUGCUUCUCCAAUGGCAUGGGGUUCAUACCUCCUUGAAAGCCCACUCCUUGAAAGCCCACUUACCAAUUCAUUGAGCCCAUUUUUCUUCAAGCCCACUUUAUUUAAGACAUAACUCAUGUUGGGCUCACUCCCUCCCUGCACACGCGACCCACUUGAUAGGUCUUGCCCAGCAAUUGGGUUCGACCCCAUACUACACAGAAGAGCCCAUGUAAGACAACUCAUAAAUGGCCCAAGUAUUGGUCCAUGGGCUGCCAAACCUUGUUUAAUUCUUGGCCUGCUCAGUCCACCAAAUAAGCUAGCAAAACCAUCUUCAUUUUCCUCCCAGUCCACUCAUGCCCAGCAAUUGGGUUCGACCCCAUACUACAUAGAAGAGCCCAUGUAAGACAACUCAUAAAUGGCCCAAGUAUUGGUCCAUGGGCUGCCAAACCUUGUUUAAUUCUUGGCCUGCUCAGUCCACCAAAUAAGCUAGCAAAACCAUCUUCAUUUUCCUCCCAGUCCACCCAUAAAAUUGUUCUUAUCGGCCCAAUUAAUGGUGGCCCAAUGCUCCAAAAAAAAAUGAGGCUCACAGCUAAUGGUGAAGCCCAUUGCCUCUUCUGCGUUCGAGCCUUGCCACAGCCCUAAGCUGCCCCACUUUUCCACCAGAUCCGGCCCACCACUUCUUUUCUUCUUUGACAUGAGAGUUAUUCCAACAGGCCACUCGACCCGGAUUGCUUGGCCCGGUUGAAUCGGCCGCAGCCUAACUCGACCCAAGGUGCGCGACCUAGGGUUUGUGCAACGAGGAAACCAGCCGCCACCCUCCUCCAUCUUCUUCUUCCUCGUCGCGUCGCCUGCCUUCGCUGACGAUUUCAUCUUCUCUAACGGUGCGCGAGGAGAUGCACCGCCUCCGUCUUCCUUCUCCAUUUCCGGCUGCCGACAGCUCCUCCAACAGCGGCGAGGCGAGCCCCACUCUGCCAUCACCUUCAAUUUCAACUUCCAGUCCGUCGUCGCUUCGAGGAGAACAACACCGUUUUCUGGAUCUGCCUCCCUGGUUUUCGUCUCCACCAUUGGCGUCAGACUACUCCACAGGCAGCGCCGCUCCACCUCCAGGCUCAUUCCAGGCGCUUCCUCCUGCGGCGACUUCUUCUCCCUCUCUUUCCUUGGCGGCCGACAAUCCCUCCGGCGGCGCGCAGCCUAGGCCACUCCCGCUCUCGCCCAUAACUGUGCCCCUUCCGCGGUCGUCAUCGCUUCGGGAGCCGUCAUCACUCCUCACGCCCUCUUUUCUAGUCGCACUGCUUGCGAGAGAUCUCGGCAAUCACGCUCUGACUGACGUUGUCGAUCGACGUCAACACUCACGCUGGGCUCCUUCCUGUACCGCCAGUUCGUCACACAACCCCGCAUUGAUUCCGAACCCUCGGCUCGGAUUCCUUCUUUGGUGGCGGAGGCCCUCUCAUUUUCGGAGAUAGCGUCAUAGUUUUCUUCAACUUCCCCAGAAGCUACAGUGGGUUCGGUGACUUUGCACCCAAAGCUAUCUCUCGGUAAUCGCUUCUUUUUCCUGAACUUCCACCUCUCAUCUGCAAGGUUCCGUUCAUUGGUCUUCACAGCGGCGACUAUUGGGAUUUCUUCUGUGCUCGGCGGCUCCGACGCCAGGGGUUUCUCUUCCUCCUUUUAUCUCGAGUGGUGAAGGAUUGUCUAGCGAUGAUGGGGAUGUCACAGGAACAACAGUUGCUACUGCAGCUGCUUUCUCGACCUUCACAGUGGCGGUGGUUGAAAGCAGCGAAUCAGGAAGCCCUGCGAUGGUCGUCGGAAGCGACUGCUGGUCGCUGACGUCUUUCACGGCCGGAUCAUCUUCUUUGGCUACAAUUGGGGGAGUUAUCCUUGGAACCCGGACGUUGAGAUUGCAUAUUCCGAAUCCAGCACUAUAGUGUGCAACAUCGUAGAAUUCCUCGAGUUCGAUGUGCCUCUUGAAACGGAUCCAUCUAUGGUCAUAACCCAAUGGACGCUCGGCCGUAAUAAUCAGCUCAUUCAAUGUCGUUCUCUGUACCUCUAUGUGCUCUCUCUCGAACCCAGGCAAGAAGAAGGAGAAGCGAACGUGCCGACGAUACUCCGUCCUAGUGAUGCUUGGUUCGAGGUCUUCAAACACACGUUCGUCCCUGGUUGAGAGUUGUGACGAACUCAGAUUUGUGACUAUGGCUCUGAUAUCAAAUGAUAGAAACCUGCUUCUAGGGUUCUAUCGGUUGGGUUGGGAAAUGGGGAAUUUAGGGAUUUAGAGAGAAUUAGGGAUUUAGAAGAGAAUUGGGGAUUAGGAACAGAAUUGGGGAAGAACAGAAAGAACGGCCGAAGCCUCGGGAGAGAAGGAUAGACGAGAUUUGAGAGAGAGAAAAAGAUUAGGGCUUUGAGAAAGGAUGACUUUUCUAUUAAUUUCUGCUUAGUUGAACAAAAGACCUAGAAUACAUAUUUAUAGCCUAAGACCGGGAAAACCUAAUAGACUAUCCUAAUAUAACCCAAAUAUUACU